AUGUCGCUGUCCGCGUGGGAGUGGGAGGAUGAGGACGGGGGAGAGAGCAUAGAGCCCAUCUCCUCCAUCAUCAGCUUUAACCGGUCCCUGAGUGACUGUGAUGUGGAGGAAUACCUGAAGGUCAAGGCCAAGGCCCAGGAGUCCAACUCUGACCACCAGCACAACACCAUCGGGUCCUCAGACGAUCCUGCCAGUUCCUUCAAAUCUGAUGCACCAUAGGUCAUCCCCUGGAAAUUCACCAUCUUGCUGGCCUUUUCUGUGAACAUAUUUUCAUGGACCCAAACUUUUAACAUCAGUGUGACAAAGGAAUUAUUAAAGAAAAUAAAUGUUCACAAAAUAACCUUGAUGCUCUGGAACAUUAAGGACAAUUUUCCAAAAAAAGUCAGUUAUUAUCAAUUAAAGACCACUGGUUACUCAGAUGAUGUAGGAUCUUCUGCAAAGUCAGAUGAAGUGAGAUACUUGGUUUUAAGUCAGAGAACAUUAUCUGAACAGGGCACUGAGAAAGUUGGUGUUGUCAGAGAGGAGUGGAACCAGGAAUAUCCACCAGCAAAACAAGAAAAAGCACAAAAACACUCAAAGGCUUUGCGAGGUUCUCAGCAAGCAGUGCCUGAAGCUUCUUCCAAGAACAGUCAGGAAUAUGAAAAGUUACUCAAACCAGAUGAUUCUUCCUUAACAGGAUGGAGUAUUUCAAGAGUACUAGCUAUUUCUUUGUCAGACGUAACCAUGAUGGAGAUCAGGGAAUUAAUUGAGAGAUCAUCAUUUUGCAACUUAACAAACAUAUUAGACAAAGAUCUCAAAAUCCAGCAGGCCAAAAAUCAGCUGUGCAUGCCCGUGUGCUGCAAGUACAAGCUUCAUAAGACCCCGGCUCACAAGACAGAGGAGAAGCCCUGUGUAACCCACACUGAUUUCCAGGAUGUCAACGUCAUCUUCCUAGGAGGGAUGCACCCCAGUGACAUCAGGGAGUACCUGGAGGGCGCCCCCAUGGUGGUAGAAGUUCACAACUGGGACCACAAGACAGAGAAGUAUUCUCAGAAGCCCACCCUGUUUGGGGAGGACCCCCUUGAUUCGUACCCCAACUUCCAGGCCUCCAUCUCUCAGACAGAGAACAGCUCCUGUGUAUCCCAGAACAAGAUGUGGGAACCUUACGGGGUUGCUUGGGUCAGUUUUGCCAAACUUCUCCAUGGCCACACAUACUUGAACCUGGCUGUGCCCAUCCACAUCUGCAAGGCAAAGCCCAUGAGCUGUGGCCAGGACAGCAGGAGCAGGAAGGUUGUGGGGUUUCGGGUCCCCAUGGAUGGCUACCAGCAUGGCCCAGUGCUCAUGGGCAACUACCAAGAGGCUAAAUCUCUGCUCAAACUGCGAGUGGACAUCCUGGUGCCACUGAGGGCUGGGACCAAAGCCCCCGAUCUAGACCUCACAGACCUCCAGUUGGGCCGCAUCAUUUUCAUGUUCAACUCCAAGAAGCUCUUCCUCCUCCUCAGCCUGCUGCAGGACAUCACCAUGGUCAAUGCCAAGGCCAUGGGUCAGGACUUCCCCACCAGGAGCAUCCAGCAGAUCCAUCCACCCUCCAGACACAGGUGAAGGUCUGGGGCAGCAGCACCUGCGCUCACCGGCUUCCGUCUGCUGGGCGGGGAGGUCCACCUCUUCACUGUGGAAGGCUUGGUGGACAGGGGCUUGAGGCAGCUGUUGGAGAGCCACCAGAGCCAAGUUCAGAUGUCCCAGGACCCACAUGGUGACAGCAAGGAGUUCCAGAAGUUGUCUACCCAGGAGGAGCCGCAGCCACGCCGAGGCCCGCGCGCCGCCGCCGUCCCGCGCCCCCGGCCCCUCCGGCGGCCCCCGGGGCUGUGCGUGCGCAGCGCGGAGCGGGUGGCCGCGGCGUCCCAGCGCAGGGCGGCCGGGCUCGCUGUUCCCGCGCUGUCCCGGGAGCGUGUCCGAAACAGGAACAGCCCGAGCGGGGGCGGCUGUGUAACCCGGGAGGCCUCCAGGCCCACGCAGCUUUCGCUCCCGGCCGCGUGCGUGUUCCGUCUGCCGCGUCCGGACCUCUGUCCCGGCCCUCCCCGGUCCUCACGAAGCCGACUCCAGCGCCGGCUCUUGCAGUGCGCACGCCUUCGCCUCGCUGCCGCCGCCGCCCCUGCCCUGCCGCGCCCCCUGGCGUCCCGGGCCUCCGCUGCUCAUUCUUUUAGGGAAAAGCCACUGACCAGUGCUGGCUCUCGGAGCGUGGCCGAGGUGCAGCGCCAGUCCCCCUCUCAGGAGGCCACAGUCGGAAGCAGAGAGGGACACAAAGUCAACUGCAGCCGGGUGCCUUGGGACCCACGGCCAGGCUGUGCUCAGCCUAGCGCCCGGGACAGAGAGAGUGGUGGCUCUCUCUGGAGGAAUAGGAGUGGUGAUACCUAUCUUGCAAGGCAGGUGAGGCUGAGUGAGGUAUCUGCUCUUUGUUCUAGGAUCUACGACAUCUGCCAAAACAGCACUGACCUCAGGGAGGUGACAGUGAGGCUGCUGCCUUCCUCUGCCGUGAUCAAAGACUUGAGAGAACUCACAGAUGAAACUGCCUUAAUACCUCUGCCCACCCCGGGUCUUGAAGACUUCCAAAGUCGGAAAUCCACUCUCACCUUGGAGAUCCAUGCCCACCAGGAGAAGUACCUGCAGUGGUGGAGCACCAUGGUACUGAAGAAUAAAGACCAGAAUGACAGCCUAAUCCAGCUCCAGCCCCACAACCGUCUCCGCUCUUCCCACGCGCCAAGCUCCCUGCCUCCUCCAGCUCCUGGCUGCCUGCUCACCACCAGCCCCACCCUCAUCGUGCGCACGGGAAUUUUCCUGUAUAAAAUGAUCACGUGUGUCAGAGGCAGGGCCAGGCCCUCGGCUGCAGCCUGGGAGAACCCUGAGCCCAUCCGCAGUAAGCAGCAGCAGAUCACCCACCCCCUGAUGGCUCCCUCAGUGCCCGACACAAGGCCUCCUGGGGGCCGCCUGUCUGCCUCCAACCUCAUCAUUGUGGACUUUUCAUCUUCUGCUCUUCCAGCCCAGUUAUGUUGUUACUUCCCAGCCAAACUUCCUAAGAAAGGUCAUCAAUAG